ACGACUUGGAAUAUUCUUUUAUUAGUUAGAUAUUAUAUACUGCUUGCAGAUAUUUCCAUAUUUUAGUCUACAUUAUAUCAACUAAAGGUUACAAUCGUUCGCAAUAAUCGUCACUUGUACGAGGAUUGAUUUUUUUUGCAGAUAUGUUCUACCUAUUGUUCCUGGCCUGCCUGGCCAUAGCAACGAGCCACACCUUUGAUACCAUUUAUUCGUGGCAGCAGGUUGAAUUCCAAUUUCCAAAUGACACCAUCCGAAACAAGUACAUAGCUUCCGGCGAUUAUAUCCCGGAAAAUAACAUGCCAUUAGGUUUGGCUGUUUGGCACAAAAAAAUGUUCGUCACGGUACCGCGGUGGAAGAAAGGUGUUUUAUCUAAUAUAAAUAGCUUUUCAAUGGACGAUGACAAGGACAGCCCAGUCCUCACACCAUAUCCUAAUUUUGAGGCAAAUAACAUUAAUUCACCCGAUGGCAUCGUAAGCAUAUUCCGUCUCAGGAUCGACCAAUGCGAUCGUAUGUGGGGUCUUGAUACAGGAGUAAACGAUAUUUUGGGGGACGGCGAAGUUGUGCGACCGAUGAGACUCACUGUUAUCGAUUUAAACACGAACAAGAUUAUACGUAGAUAUCCCUUGAAGAAUACGGAUAUAAAGCCGGACACUUUCAUUGCCGAUCUUGUGGUCGACGUAGCACCCGGACAAUGCGACAAAGCAUACGCGUAUAUGAGUGACUUGGGCGCAUAUGGCAUAGUGGUGUACAGCUGGGAAAAGAACGAUUCUUGGCGGAUUAGUCAUAACUUUUUCCAUUUCGAUCCGUUGAACGGUGAUUACAAUAUUAACGGCUAUAACUUCCAAUGGACUGAUGGCGUUUUUGGAAUGUCAUUGUCACCGAUUCAUGCUAAUGGAAGUAGAACGCUCUAUUUCCAUUCCAUGUCUGGUAUUACGGAAUUUUCUGUAUCUACGGAUAUUCUGCAGGACGAUACGUUGAACAAAUCAGGGGUCUACAGUAAUUUCCACAUUGUUGGUACCAAGGGACCAUUGACUCAAGGACCAUCUUCUAUUAUUGACCCGAAGACAUGCAUCAACUAUUUUACUCAAGUAAACAGAAAUGGUAUCGCGUGUUGGGAUACUACGGAGGAUUUAAAUCCGGAGACAUUCAAAUUGGUGGCACAGGACAACAGGACAUUAGUAUUUCCUCAGGAUAUAGUUAUCGAUGAUAAGUCUCGAAAAUUAUACGUGCUCUCUAAUAAUAUACAGAUAUUCAUGAACGGUAACUUCGAUCCAACGACGACAAACUUUUUCAUUACUUCGGCUGAUCUCAAGGCAUUGACAUUCGAGUGCGAAAAUCGCGGAGAAAGUAAUUGGGUCGUAAAGUUGUCUAAUAACGACACAAACGCGCGUCUUUUAUUUUUAUGACAUUUAAAAAAUGUCAGAAAAAAAGGAGAGUCGUCGUUAUGAGGUCUUCAAGACGUCUUUUGGACAUGCGUGCUGUCUGGGAUACUACAGCGAAAUCGUCAAAGUGGAAAAAGAUAUGAUAUAUUUAAUUAUGCAUAUAACACCGUAAAUAAUAAAUAAAGAUAAAC